UAAAAUAUGUGUAUGAUUAUAAAACCUUCUGGGGAGAAUGUAUAUGUAUUGUAUAGUGUUGCAAAGCGGAACAAUAUGUUGCGAUGUUGCGCCCCUACGGACAGUAAACAUGAGAGAACAAGCAGGAAAGGAAGGAAAUAUGAGCGCGUUAUCUUCCGAUUUCCUGCCAAACGUGCUGCACUCCUCCUUCUCCUCCCCCUCCUCUUGAUUGGCAGCCGACUCUGUGGUGCUCAAGCCGCGCGGUGGCUGCUCCGGCGCGCCUUGGCUGCUGAGAUCCGCACCCGACAAUGAGCGCACUGGGAGCCGGCGGCGGUGAGCCUCCGUCGUCGCGGAGGACGAGUCGCGGGCGGUGGCGGACUUGGACGUGGAGCUGCUGGCUGAUGCUGGCGGGGAUGGCGACGGGCUCCGGGGACCUGUGGUUGUCCUCCGAGGCAUGCCCGCCCGCAUGCACCUGCAGCAGCCCCAGGAUCUCCUGCGUGGACCCGGAGAAGGGCAUCAGCGCCUUCCCCAUCCUGCAGAGCGAGGCGGAGAUGGAGAACAUCACCGACAUCUACAUCGCCAACCAGAGCAGCUUCUCCUCCAUCAACGACAAAGACCUGCACGACUACAAGAACCUCAGGAACCUAACGGUGACCAACAGCAGGCUGACGUACGUUUCCAAGCUGGCCUUUCAAAACAACAUCAAACUGCAGUAUCUGAAUCUGAAAGAUAACAACCUGUCGUCGCUCUCCUGGACGAUAUUCAGACACCUCAACAUCUCUUACCUGAUCUUGACAGGAAACCCUCUGCACUGCUCCUGUGAGAACAUGUGGAUCAAACGGUGGCUGGGAGAAGAAGCAGACACUCAGGAUCUGCGCUGCAUUGAGGACGGAGGAGGACGCAACCUGCUGUCCCGGCUCGUACUCGCUAACUGUGAGCUUCCCAUGGCGAGGCUGACCCCGUCCAGAGUGACCAAAAUGGAGGGCGCCAACGUGCAGCUGUCCUGUGUGACCUCGGGGGUGCCCUCACCGGACCUCAUCUGGAACAUGGCGCUGGCUACCAACUACGAGAUCGAGACGUCAGGUCAGACUUCCGUGCUGCGACUGUCCAACUUGUCGUCGUUGGACCAUAACAGCAGGAUCAGUUGCACGACAGAGAACAUAGUCGGCGAGCAGGAGUCCUCUGUAGUGUUGGACAUUCUAUUCCCUCCAAAUAUCACCAAACUGAGUGACGCCGUCAACGACCACCACUGGUGCAUUCCCUUUAGUGUCGCAGGCAACCCGGAACCUGAGAUCCAGUGGUUUCUGAAUGACAAAGCAGUGACUGAGGGCAAGUUCAUCAAGACCCUGAUCCACGACGUCACCGAGCGAGAGUAUCACGGUUGUCUGCAACUGGACAGUCCUACGCACCUCAACAACGGCCUCUACACGCUUGUGGCCAAAAACAAAUAUGGAACAGACCAGAAGCACCUAGAGGCCCACUUCAUGCACAGACCCUGGGACGGUGAGGAGUCACACUUUACAGGAACGGAGAAAGAAUCAUACUACUACGACUCCCCCAUAGAUGGGCCGACUGCAAACCCACCAGAGGACACAGUCGCUGUGUACGUCGUGGUGGGCAUCGCCGCCGUCGCCUUCUCCGGUAUCCUGCUCAUGUUGGUGAUCCUCAAGUUCGGCGGGAACUCCAAGUUCGGCAUCAAAGGACCGUCCUCAGUCAUCAGUAACGAUGAUGACUCGGCCUCCCCUCUCCACCACGUCUCCAACGGCAGCAACACGCCCUCUUCCUCCGACCUGGGCCCCGACGCCGUCAUCAUUGGCAUGACCAAGAUCCCCGUGAUUGAGAACCCGCAGUACUUCAGGAGCUCCAACAGCCUGCUCAAGACGGACACUUUUGUCCAGCACAUCAAGAGACACAACAUCGUGCUCAAGAGGGAGCUGGGAGAAGGUGCCUUCGGAAAAGUCUUCCUUGCCGAAUGCUACAACCUGUCACCUGACCAGGAGAAGAUACUAGUGGCCGUCAAGACGCUGAAAGAGGCAAGCGAAAACGCCCGGAAGGACUUCCACCGCGAGGCCGAGCUGCUGACCAACCUUCAGCAUGAGCACAUCGUCACCUUCUACGGCGUCUGUGUGGAGAGCGACCCGCUCAUCAUGGUGUUUGAGUACAUGAAACACGGAGACCUCAACAAGUUCCUCAGGGCUCACGGUCCAGAUGCAGUUCUCAUGUCGGAAGGCCAGACCACCAGACCUGUGGAGCUGACUCAGUCGCAGAUGCUGCACAUCGCUCAGCAGAUCGCGUCCGGAAUGGUCUACUUGGCAUCACAGCACUUUGUGCACCGCGACCUGGCCACCAGAAACUGCUUGGUGGGUGAGAACCUGCUGGUGAAGAUUGGGGACUUUGGCAUGUCCAGGGACGUCUACAGCACGGACUACUACAGGGUAGGUGUGGGGGGACACACCAUGCUGCCAAUCCGCUGGAUGCCCCCUGAGAGCAUCAUGUACAGAAAGUUCACCACGGAGAGUGACGUGUGGAGUCUGGGAGUGGUCCUGUGGGAAAUCUUCACCUAUGGCAAACAGCCCUGGUACCAGCUCUCCAAUAAUGAGGUGAUAGAGUGCAUCACCCAGGGCAGGGUGCUGCAGCGCCCCAGGACCUGCCCCAAGGAGGUGUACGACCUGAUGCUGGGCUGCUGGCAGAGGGAGCCCCACAUGAGACUCAACAUCAAGGAAAUCCACAGUCUGCUCCUCAACCUGGCUAAAGCCUCGCCCGUCUACCUGGAUAUACUGGGAUGAACACAGAUGACGUGUGUGUGUGCGUGUGUGUGUGUGUGUGUGUGUGUGUGUGUGUGUGUGUGUGUGUGUGUGUGUAAGGUGUCGCUGUACAAAAAACUUUUAAAGGCAAUCUCCCUUCCAUUUUACCUCCUCAUAUUCUUCCCGAAGAGACUUAUGAGGGAAAAAGCUCCUUUCAACCAAAUCACGACAAAACUUCAUGUUCCGUGACUCAACACUCCUUCACGGAACCCCCAAAAAAAAAAAAAGUGAGUCAUUUCAGCGACCAGAAUUGGCGACACGAGAGUGCUCCUUGGAGCGACAAGCUUCUCCUUGUAAAUAUGAAACUGUGGGACGGAUGGAGGGGUUGGUGGGUUUCUGCCAGAAUUUAUCUGGGUGUGGUGUCAAGCCCCUAAUGACACCAUGAAUUAACUUAACUCCCCACUUACAUGCGUCUCACAUUUCCAACGCUGAAAGAAACGAGGGAUUGUCCUUGAUGAUUCGGGACUACAAUUGAUUUCUUACUAUUUAUUCACGAUUCUAGUCCCACAAACGUGUAUUCCAAGGAUAAUCUCGUUAACUGUCAAACGUGAAGGGAAGACGAGAGGCCAGGACGGACAGGAAGGUCGGUCCGUGUACGUGGCCGCCGUUCGUUUUUCAAUUGGAAUAGGAAAAUAGUUUACCAUAAAAAUCCACUUUUCCUGUUUUUUAUUAUCAAACCAAAAAACGGAGUAGGAUCGGUCAGUGUUUGGACGUAUGGGUCGGGGGGUUUCCGCAACUUACUGCGAAGUUUGUUCUCCCGGGAUGCAAACUGACUUUUCUGGACAAGGCGUGAAGGUAGGAACAUGAUUUAAUCUUAACUCUCAAUUAGGUACUGACGGAACCAGAUUUUUUUACAUAUAUUCAUAUUUAAGUGUUACUUCUUUACUUCCAUAGUCAUAUUACAUAUUAUAUUAAAUAUUUGAGAAUAAACCACAAAAUACCAACUACUGCCUGGUGAUCAAUUUAAACUUCAGCUUAUGUGCCAUAAAAAGAACUUGGGAGUGACCAGCAACUUAAAAUCCCUGGGAGGAAGAGCUGGUCAACGCAACAAUACAAACAAAAAGGCGCACAAGGCGAAGGCACAACUUAGCGCAGGAAACAAAAGCUAACA